CAAGUGUUGACUGCUUGAAGAAUGAUUUACCCUAGAGAACGAGUCGUGGCCAGCGUUCUGGGCGUAAUGACUCUCGUGGGUCCGAUUUGGCUGCAGCUGCAAGAGGUUCAGAUGAGUUCUGAUUUAGAAGCACUGUGUGAUGCUAUCACUGAUAUAGCUUGGGUAAUAGACCCAGCCAAUGUUUCCAAUACAAUACUCUGCGUCGCUGGCUAUGUUGUGCCUACUCAGUCAUGUGAUCAGAGACCUAAGUCCGUAGGUCAACUGAGGACAUGUUUGACCCAAACCAAGGCGAUCAACAUGCGAUUUCACCCUAAAGUUAUGGACUAUAUUUUGAGAUUAAGUGAUCCAGAAAUAAAACAAAGUGGGUCUGAUCCUACACCUGUCACGACCACGCAUCACUGGAAUCAAGUGAAGGUAGUCCAGUUUGACCACUCUACCAAACGUACAGCUACCACACGACAUAGGCCUGGACAAAGUAAACAAGGUGUAACAACAACGCAGCUUCACAAAGAAAUGACGAGAGAUCGAACGCCUAAAUUAUCUCACUCACCUCACCUGCUCAAAGAUAAAACAGUCAGGGAAGAAAACUCGUCCGAACCAUCAGCGGAAAAAGAAGAAGUUACCGCCCUUGUAACACUCAGAGAUAAUCACGAAGACAAGAGUUUUCCGGACUCAGGCAAAUUGUUUUGGUCAGCUCUGUGGCCAGGGAAAAAAGUCGAGACAACUCACGCCAGCGAGGGUGUUGGACGACCCACCGAGUUAUCAUUAUUGAUCAAUGGUGUCAAGAACGCCCGAGAUAGUUGGCUGGAGGCUACUAGGUCUGUUGACCAAGUAAGCCGGUUGUCAAGAGUAACCAUGAUUGAAGAUGUGUUCCCCAGCCACCCUUGUCUACGUCACAGGAAGUCGCUCAUUCUCCCCCACCCCUCACGAUGUCAUUGGUAUUACGAUUGCUCCCAGCCCCCCAGUAAUCCUGUUUGGAAGACAGUCGAGCCCUUGACUUUGGAAUGCCCUUACCCGUCGCUCUUCUCAGAGACCAAACUGACCUGUCAGGCUUAUAACGAAGUGGACUGCGGUCAGCGCACGGAGUAUAAGACCCCAUGUGACUAUAGAGAGAACACAUGUACAGUGCCUUCGUGUCACAGCUGCCAGACACACUUAGCCAGCUGUGUCGGACUGCCGGACGGUGUCCACCCAUUUCCUGGACGCCACUGGUCCCCGUGGUUCGUGCAGUGCCAGGGGGAGAGGACCAUGUUGCAAGGGCGAUGUGACGCGGACAGGGCGCCCAUAUUUUCUCCCGACUCUGGGCAAUGUGUAUCCCUCCAAUGGGUGCCCAAACAGUACGGCGGAACCAGAAACGAAUGUCAAGGCCGAAAAGACGGAUACCAUGCGGAUGAGACUGGGAUAUGUCACGUGUUCUUUGAGUGCAGAUCCGAGCAGUUCCUUCGGGAGUACUCUUGUCCAGGUGACGCUAACUUUGACCCUAAAGCCUCACAAUGUAACAGCUCUGCGGUGAUCCCUCCAUGCGGCCCGGUCACAUCGGAGGACGUGUCCAAUAUUUUUUGCACUGGUCAACAAGAUGGAUUCUAUGCUGAUCUUUUUGGAAGGUGCUCGCUCUAUUACGAGUGUAAAAACUUCCACCUUCGGGCGUUUCUCAAGUGCGCUGUCGGCGCCUUUAACCCCAGAAAACAUGUAUGCGAUUCGAAGCUUGACUUCCACGGGCCUUGCGGACUUCGACCGAAUCCCUGUAAUGGAAAAUCAGAUGGCAUCUACGCGGAUUCAACGUCCAACUGCCUGUCCUCGGUCACUUGUAAAAAUGGUUAUGUCUCUAGAGUAGAGCCAUGUCCAGAUGGUCUCGUAUUUGACGUGGUUACCAAGAGAUGCCAGCUUCCUAAACUGGCUGCUCCACCCUGUGGCAUAGCACCUACUUGUGCUGGGAAGUUAGAUGGAAAGUAUCCUAAUGAGGCUCAAGGCUGUGCGCAUUAUGUUAAGUGUUCCAAUGAGUCGCUGGUUGGAUUUGGGGAAUGCGAUAUCACUGAAGGAGGGUUUUUUUUCAACCCUGUCUCCAGAGAAUGUGACUUUCCUCAGAACAUUUGCCCACCUUGUGGUAACAACAAGAAACUGAAAUGGUGA